AUGUCUCUAAGAAACCUCACAAGUUUUUGUAAUUCUCAGAAUAAUGUUGCAUUCAUCUUUCCAUGUCUUGAAAAGGUGAUAGUGAGCAAUUGCCUUAAGUUGGAAAAAUUUUCCGAGAAAAUUGUGAGCACACCAAACUUAGAAAAAGUCAAUAUUGUAGAAGUAGAGGAGGGAGAUGAAUGGUAUUGGGAAGGUGAUUUGAAUGCCACAAUCCAAAAGAUUUUUUCAGACAUGGUUCUUUUUGCAUCUUGUCAACAUUUGAGACUUUCUUGUUAUCCUGAGUUAGAGCAGUUAUGGCAGGGCGAAGUUUCCCCACCAGACAACUGCUUUAACAAUCUAAGAACAUUGAUAGUGGAGAAUUGUUCCUUUCUGUCACAAGUGUUCCCUUCUAACUUACUUCCUUCUUUAAGAACUUGGAGGAGUUGCAAGUAA